AUGGACAAUUGGUGGAUUUGGGAGGUGAUGGGGCUGCUGGGUUCUGCCGCAGGGUUGCUGGCCAUGCUGGCAUUCUUGCUAAAAUACGACGGUAACCAGCAGCCAAGCUGGAAACAAUUAUCACUCAAUACUGUCAUUGCCAUUCUCAGCUCUCUUUCGAAACUGCUUCUCUUCAUCCCACUUACCUCUGCUAUAGGCCAACUGAAGUGGAUCUGGGUUGCCCAGCAGAAGCGAAGCCUGGCAGAUUUGAGUGUCUUCGAUGCCGCAAGCAGAGGGCUAAUUGGCUCAAUCCAGCUGCUCUGGUUAACUAGAGGCCUGCACCUGGCUGCCUGGGGUGCCAUUGCGACAAUCCUGGCACUUGGUUUUGCGCCCUUUAACCAGAACCUGAUUCAUUACUACCAAGAUAAUGUCGAAGAACCAUUACAAGUAGCUUACCUGGCGAACUCUUCGUCCUAUGAUAAUAUUCCAAUUAACUCUGUUCUGAAAGCGAACAUUUAUAAUUCAAUCCUCAAUCCAAAUGCACGCCAGUCUUGGGGCGUCCCGCAAUACGCCUGCAGCUCAGGAAACUGCACCUGGGACCCCGUGACAUCUCUUGAAGCCAGGUCACUCUGCACGGACGUUACCGAGCAUCUGCGGAAGCAAUGCCACUGGCACGACGGGGUGACGAAUUGCACCUUGUCCAUUCCGGAUGGAGCACCUCUUUGGUACCAAAUCAGCACGAGCGACAAGGAUUGGGAAUCACAAGCCUUGGUGCUUUCUGAGUCUUUUACAAAUCUAGUCUACAAGAAUGCUACCAGGAGCGACAAUUAUAGCUCUCCGAGCCUUGCCACCUGGCAAUCCACCAUGGCACUUGGGCUCGAUUUCAAUUUGGGCAGCGCAACAAUGUCCAUCACCAACGACACAAAAUGGAUAGCGACCGAGUGCUCGCUGGAGAUCUAUGUUCGCAGCGUCAAUGCUUCCGUGCGUAACGCUGUCUACUACGAGACUACGCUAGACACUUGGUCGGAUACAGCAUUGCCGGACGUCGCACCUAACGGCCUCUUCCUUCGUUUUAUCGUCCCCGAAAAUCACAGCCUCGGUGUGUUAGAAGGUGACGAGUUCUUUUUGGGUUGGGAUGCGUGGGACUCGAUAUAUUACGAGAUGCUGCCCAUGUUUAGUGGAAUUGUGUCGGGAUAUCUCGAUGACCUGGACUUCGGUGAUGAUGCCCCAGGCGACGCAGCCUACAAUGUUCUGCAAGCUCUGUUUAUACAGAACUUCACGGACUGUGCAACCCCGGACGAAAAACUCUGCUGUAUAAUGGACAACCUGGCCGCCGCCAUGUCCAAAACGUUCCGGGAUUCCGAGUACACAAAGGUUCAGGCAUCCCGUUUCAAUGUAUCGGCAACAGAUGUGAGGAACACGGCCAACAUGGCCUUCGGCCGAACACUGGUCACGGCGACGUUCUUCAGGGUACACUGGCAAUGGCUGACUCUGCCACUCCUUGUCUGGAUCUUGGCAGCGUUCACCUGGAUAGGGACGGUGUUCCUCACAGCAAGAACGGGGCUACAGAAGUGGCGAAACAACAUCAUUCCCCUCCUGUUCCUGUACCGAGAAGGAGGAACCAAGGCUGAUGAAGAGAACGACGUGGGAGGGGAUGCCACCGCUGACGUUACGAAAGCUGAGCUUGCUUCUCGAAGCCCUGGAGUGAGCACCAUGUCGUUCGUGGCAAGCGCACUCAACAUAUUCAGGUGA